CAUAAUCAGGGUGACCCAGGGAGAAGUAGCUGCUUUCAGUGGGGCACGUUUCCCGGAAGCGGGAGUUCAGUACAGGAAAAAUGGCGACUCUGUCAGUGUGCCAGCAACCGAUUGGAGGUUUCAGUUUCGAAUAUUGCAAGAGGAAUGCAGUCUUGGAAUUUGAAUGUAAUAAAUUGGGACACAGCAUCCCUGCUGCCCGGAAAACAGGGACCACAAUUUGUGGAGUGGUUUUCAAGGAUGGAAUAGUUCUUGGUGCUGAUACCAGGGCAACAGAAGGCAUGAUUGUGGCAGAUAAGAACUGCUCCAAGAUCCACUACAUCUCCCCCAACAUCUAUUGCUGUGGAGCGGGGACGGCGGCGGACACCGAGAUGACCACCCAGAUCAUCUCCUCCAACCUGGAGCUGCACUCCCUGUCCACAGGCAGACUACCGCGCGUCGCCACCGCCAACCGCAUGCUGAAGCAGAUGCUCUUCAGAUACCAGGGCCACAUCGGUGCUGCUCUGGUACUGGGCGGGGUGGACUGCAACGGCCCCCAUCUGUACAGCAUCUACCCCCACGGCUCCACCGACAAGCUCCCCUAUGUCACCAUGGGUUCUGGCUCUUUGGCUGCCAUGGCAGUGUUUGAGGACCGCUAUGAGCAGAAUAUGGAGGAGGAAGACGCGAAGCGGCUGGUUCGGGACGCCAUCGCGGCCGGCAUCUUCAACGACCUGGGCUCCGGUAGCAACAUUGACCUUUGUGUCAUCACCAAGGGCAAGGUGGACUACCUGAGGCCCCACGACAUGGCUAACAAGAAGGGUGUCCGACGUGUGCAUGAGCUUGAAGCCUUGCCCCGCCCAACCGGUGAUUACAAGUACAAGCGAGGAACGACUGGAGUUCUGGCGAAGGCCGUGACCAAGUUGGAUUUGGAGGUGGUAGAGGAGACAGUACAAACUAUGGAUACUUCCUGAAGUCUCACUGUAAUGUUGUUCUGAUGUUGUCAUGGUAACUUACCUCCCCAACCUGGCCUCUACUGUCUUCACAGAAGAUGGCAGGUUUUUCUGUGGUUUACAAUAAAACGUUUGAGUUGUUAAAGUG